AUGGCCAAAGCAUACACAGUUGAGAAGUUUGAUUACCACAUGGCAGAGGUAGAGAAAAUUGAUAAGAGGAUCAAAGAUUACUUAAUGAAUGUUGGGUAUGAAAGAUGGUCCAUAGCAUAUUCCACUGUCAACAGAACAUUGACGAUGACUUCAAACAUUGUGGAGUCGAUCAAUGCAGCACUCAAGGCUGCUAGGGAACUCCCAGUACUGCCUUUGCUAGACUACAUAAGGAAAUUGAUCGGACCAUGGAAUGUUAAAAACUUAAAGAAUGCAGUAGAGUCAUUCACUGAUCUUGGAAAAAAAUAUGAUACAAUGCUGAUGGACAAUCUUGAAUUGUCACAUUAG